ACGCUGCUUCUCUCACGUCCCAGCAGGAGUUUAGACGGCUCCAGCUGCCACAGAGCACAAGAGCUGGAAAUGGACCUGUUGAUAGGGAAGCACAGGGCUGCUCAUACACUGGAUUGUACUGCGUGGAUUUGACUCUACUCAUUUCUUCAUCUGGGUUUUUGCUUUGGUGCCUAAAUGUUGUCACUUGGCAAAAUGCACUCCAGAGCGAAGUCUCGCAGUUGUGACAACUACCUGAGUAUUAAGGACGCUGAGUCUUUGGACAACUGCAUCCAGAGCACAUUGUCUGCCCUAUACCAUCCCUUCAGCGCCACCGCCUCCACCGUCCUGUGGCAGCUUUUCAGCGUGGUGGAAAGACAGUACCGUGGAGACGGCCUCCGCUGCUUCAUUGACUUCUUGCUUCCUGCCAAGAGGAUCCUUCAGAUCAUCCAACAAGAAACUUGUAUAAGGUUCAGAGGACUGCUGCUCUAUCACGAAGGGUGGCCUCUGUGCAUCCAUGACAAAGUGGUCUUGCAGCUCUGCCCCUUGCACAAAGUGAGACUAAAGCAAGGAGACUUCUACCUACAAGUCGUACCUUUAGGCCGAAAGACAGCCAAACUUGUGAUAAAAUGCCUGUCGUCCAGCGGGCAGGCUAUCGUGGAGAUCCCUGUUGCGGAGAGCAUGUACGGCAGCAUCUUCACCGCUGAGUUCCUGCAGAAUGUAACACUUGAACGGAACCUGCACCCGCUACAGAGCUGCCUGCUUACGACCGGUACAUCUGUGUACAGGACCCCGUGGAAGAACGUGGUCAACCCUCUGUUUGUCAGCAACACGGCAGAAGCCAUAAUGCAAGCACGCUGCAGCAGGGGUGGCUUCCGCGGCCAACUCAGCGCAUGCAGCACCAGCGGGUCCACAGGCACCCUGGACAGUCACCGCAGCUCCAGGGAGUCCCUCCAAUCUCAGGGAGCGGACUCCACCUUCUCAGAGCCUGUCUCGCCAAACAGAAGUCACACGGAUGCCAGCAGCGAUAGCCAUAGCACAAGUAGAGGAGACAUAACAACGCCUGUCAUUAAGAUCAGUUCCAGCGAAGACUGUGGAACAGAGCACAGAGGGAAGGACUCGAGAGAAAGGGGACAAGCAUCCAAGAUGCUUUCUUUUAGUACAGACCUCAGCAAUCCAGGCCCUCGUAGACGGCACCCAAGAGACUCUGUGGCCUUUGAGAGCAGAAGACUUUUUAGGAAAUCCUACAUGGAGGCCCUGCAGAAUCCAAUGAGCCUUGGAUCCAGCUCUGAGUCCAUUCUGGAAGAAAGUCCGGAGCAUUGCGGUUUAACAGAGACAUCUGUAACGCCAGGCAGCAGCCCGGACACCCGCACUUCUUCUCGAGAACACUUAGCCAGGAGGUUGGGGAGCCGAGGAUGGCUCAGUGGUGACGACUCCAGGCCCAACACACCUUUGCAUUACUUACAAAGAGGGCUGCGGAGUGCUGAGAGGCGGGCAGAACGCCGCUCCAAGUCGCUGGAGAGGACUAACAAGGGGGGCCAGGUUAAAGCUCACCGAGAGAGGUCGUCUUCUGGCGGUUCAGCUAGCAUCUCCCCUAAAAAACUGAUGAACGGGUAUGUUCUUCGCUUUGGGAAGUUGGAAGUGGAGGCCGCUCUUCCUGGCUCUGAGAGGAGAAGCAGCAAAGAGGCGUCAGGGCAGCAAGAUGACAGCAGUGAUGGCAGGAGGUCCAAACUUGGGGAGGAGGAGUCCCCCAGUCCAAAAACUGCCAACGGGUUGGCCAUCGUGGUGGGGGUACCAUCAUUAUCAAGCUCAUCUCAUGACAGUAACUUAUCCCUACCCAAGCGGGUGUCAGAGGUUAAUCAGGAGCUGCUUGCAUCAGGUGCAGUGAUCUUGCCAGGAAGCAGAGAUCGCAGUGGGAGGGCGGUGUUGCAGGUGUGUACCAGAGCUCAGGUGUGGGCUGGUGAGAGCUGCACGGUCCAUGACCUCACCUGUUUACUGGCCUACUACCACUCUACACUGCGGAAAGAAAGGCGUGAUGAAGGUCUAACAGUAGUGAUAGACAGCAGGAGGCAGCAGCCUGUUCCUGCUCUCUCGUCAUCGCUGUCUGAAUUUCAGACAUUGGUACCAAAUGCACUUUACUCAGUUCUGUUCCUGGUGGACAAGGAGGCGACCGGCAAACUUGAAAGAGACAUUGUCAACAUCCAAACAGAGACACUGUCAUCUUUAAAGGCCCUGCUGAAGCACAUCGAGCAGAACCAGCUCACCCCUGACCUUGAGGGCACCUUCUAUUACGACCACAACCACUGGAUCCUCUUCAGACAGAAAAUUGAACCAUUUGCCAGCAGUUGUAGCGAAGCCAUCUCUUCCCUCCAGGAGUCUAUCGCCACUUUAAGCAACAGUGGCAACCUGAAGACAUCUGAGGAGGUGUUUCAAACGAUGGCGCAGCAGAAACAUCUCAUGAAGUGUGUCCUGGAUGACACCCACCUAAAUAGGUUGCGUCUGGAGGGAGGCACCAUCCUGGCCCGCAUCAGGAAGGAAGAGGCCUGUGAGAAUGACAGCUACAGGGAUGCUGUAGAUAUGUUAAAUGCACUGUACAACCAACUGGAUGAGGAGGUCCAUGAGCUUGUGAUCCUGUCCAACAAGUCUCAGAAGGACUUAGAAAGCCUGCUGGAAGUGCGCAGGUUUGAGGAGCAAACGCAACAGGUCAAACUGUGGUUCAAUGUGGAGGGAGAGAAACAUCUCAUACCUUUAGAAUCGCUAACAGUGUCUGUCAGCAAAAUAAAAGACAUGAAGGAGAGUUUGAAGCAAUUUCUGGAAGAAGCAGUGCACCAGCAGAGACAUGCACUGCAGAUGGUAAACGAGUCACCCAAGUCCAUUCCAGGCUCAGUUUUUGUGGAAUUCAAGCAUCAUCUUGGGUCCAUCCUAAGCAGAGCAGAUAGAAGGAAGGCACACUUAGACAUCCUGAUCAACCUUUACGAGUUUUAUGACUCUGUGAAUCAGUGGAUGGAGCACUGUCAGGAAUACAUCAGUCACCUGAACACCUCAGGGGAAGCACUUUCACCUGCCGUGGUCCAGAUCUUGCAGGAUUACUGCACAGAGGCCUCCAAGUUCUCCAUGGACAACUUCAGCACUCUAAAUGACAUGGUGCUGUCCUUAGAUAGUCCUCCGCAAUUGCAGCAGUGGAACACCGUUUGGCAAAAGUGUCAGCAGACCAAGCACCAGCUGGAGGACACGUUGGCCCGUGCCAUGAAGGCGUCUUCAGACUCCAUGGCCUCUGAUCUGAAAUAUGCUGUAAAGCCUACGGAGAGCGAGACGAGUGCACCAGAGGAGAGUGGAUGCGUGUUUCUGCCUGAAGGGUCUACUUGCUCCAGCAGGGCAGUUACCCCACUGACUGUCGAGGACUCAAAACCUUUAUCCAAAAGCCCUUCCGGUUCCAUCUCAUCCUCCUCACGCUUAACUUUCCCCCCUGACAGCACACUGAGCCCGUCCUCGUUCGAUGACACAGACAGCGACUGCACUGUUGACUCCACCAUCUCAUGCCAUUCGGAGCCCAUCUACUCUCCGGCAUCCCGAGUCCGCAAGCCGCCAAUGAAGAAGAUCAUGAAGAAGACCAUGAGUUACGAGCUGACGCAGCGAGACGGCGGACACUCAGAUGUCAGCCAUGUACACGGUUACACGGGCGUUUACAUCAAGGGGCUGGAGGUGGCCAAUAAUGUGUCUGUGGAGAAGAAGCUGCAAAGACCCGAUGUCAUGAGCCCGACAUUAGGGCGUAGUCGGAGCAUGUCCACGCCCUCCAGGAUACAUAACAGACACAUCGAAGAUGAUGGAAAGAAACAGAGCAGCAAAGUGCAGCACAUCAUGGAUGAGAUGAUCGCCACCGAGAGGGAGUACGUACGCUCUCUCAGCUACGUUAUUGAGCAUUAUUUCCCGGAGAUGGAACGCCUGGAUCUGCCGCAGGACCUGAGGGGCAAACGCAGCAUCAUUUUUGGGAACAUGGAGAAGCUGUGGGACUUCCACAGCCAGUACUUCCUCAAGCAACUGGAGGCGUGCGCACACUCGCCGCUGUCCAUCAGCAGCUGUUUUCUUCGCCACGAGGAUCAGUUUGGAAUGUAUGCCCUGUACAGCAAGAAUAAGCCCCGGUCCGACUCUUUGCUCAGCAGCCAUGGGAAUGAAUUCUUUAAGAAUAAACAGCUGGAUCUGGGGGACAAGAUGGACCUGGCGUCCUACCUGCUGAAGCCCAUCCAGAGGAUGAGUAAAUACGCUCUACUGCUGAAGGACCUCAUCAAGGAGUGCAGCCAGUCCCAGGCGCAGGAGCUGAGUGACCUCCGGACCGCUGAGGAGAUGGUCAAGUUUCAGCUUCGCCAUGGCAACGACCUGCUGGCUAUGGACGCUAUCCGGGGCUGUGAUGUGAACCUAAAGGAACAGGGUCAACUGCGCUGCCAGGAUGAGUUCAUCGUCUGGUGCGGACGCAGGAAGUACCUCCGCCACGUCUUCUUGUUUGAAGAUCUCAUACUCUUCAGCAAGACCAAAAAGAUAGAAGGAGGAUAUGACAUUUACAUCUACAAACAAUCCUACAAAACAGCUGAGAUCGGUAUGACUGAAAAUGUUGGUGACAGCGGACUGCGCUUUGAGAUCUGGUUCCGGCGGAGGAAGUCCCAGGACACAUUCAUCCUCCAAGCCGGCUCUGUGGAGGUCAAAGCCGUGUGGACGUCCAUCAUAGGGAAGAUCCUGUGGAGGCAGGCGCUCAGGAACAGAGAAUUGCGCAUGCAAGAGAUGGUGUCCAUGGGCAUUGGAAGCAAGCCUUUCAUGGACAUUAAGCCCAGUGAUGCAGCCAUCAAUGACAGAGCUAUCGACUAUAUCAUGAAGCGGUCUGAGUGUAGGACGAGAGCGUCCAUCGCCGUACCCUCCUAUGAAUACUCGGCUUCCAUCAAGAGACCUCACUCCACCAUCUCCAACAGCAGCACCUCCUCCUCCAGCAGCCAGUCGUCCUCCUCCCUACUGGGGUCGCUCAACCUCCACCUGUACUCGUCCCCGUCUCACCCACACACCCACCCUUACCCACUGGCCACCGUUCCUUCCUUCGCCCAGUGGCCGUACGACUGCAUCGAGGAAGACGAGCUGGAGCACGACUCCAGUGGCCAGCCCUCCAUGAUAACAGAGAAUUCCGAGACGUCUUCCCAGUGCACCUCCACUGACAGCGUGACCGGCCUGAGCACGCUCACCUUACCCGGCCACCCCGACAUAGUCCUGGACUCAUACAACAACAACAACGACGACGAUGAAUCCUCCUUCCUGUGCUCCUCCACUCCUCCAUCUUCCAUGGAAUCCUCCUCCAUCUUCCCCAAAAGUGAAGAGCUCCCACAGCAGGGCAACAAGUUCAUCACAGCAAGCAAGACCUCUCAUAUAGCCAUAGGCCUUUCUACAGUGGUGUGACGUUUAGCUCACUGUAAAGUUCUCAACUUCACCUACCAUGUUGGAGCACUGAAGACUUCCAAGGUCGCGUCAUUUUAUUAAUAAAAUAAUUGGACAUGAUCAUAGCAUGAUGGUACUCAUGUGGUUUCCUUUAAAAAGUAACUAUAGGUAUGAGUCUGUGUUUAUAUUGUAGAUGUUUUUUUAUUGUUAUUAUGAUAAUUAUUGUGUAAUUUACAAAGCACAGACUAGCUGGCAGAUAAAUGUUUCUCUACUGUCAUAUUAUUACUGUGGUGUGCUGUCCUGCCUUGUACAGAUGAUUAAAACAUUUGUAUUAAAAAUG